CAGGUUGUUAACGCGGAAGGGAAAGUUUCAGUGUAUUUCCAGUGACGUCUUACUUUGAAAGUAUUCGUAGAUAAAAUGGAAAACGGUCGAAUAAUAUUUUGAUAUAUCGUCGUACACGAACGUACACGCAGGGACGGAUCCUUUCGAAUCGAUAGAUCGAAAAAUAUCCGCUGAAUCGUCGGUGAAAUAGCGAGUAUUGCGUUUCGAGCAACUCGACCGCGAAUCGUGCGCCGAAUGAAAUUUGCUUCUUCGUUCGAUGUGAAAACGCCAGUCGAUUUUCGUGCGCUCUCGUCCGAUACGAAGAGAUUACGGCCACGGUGGUAUACAAUACGGUGGCAUAGUGCGUUGUACGAUAAAUACGUUAAUAAUAAUCAGCUAUCGGUAGAAAAAUAAUGCCGCGGUGAAAGCGUGGAAAACGUAGAGCGUCGACAACGUGGAUCGCGCGAUUUCAUCUUUACCAGCAACUAUAUUCUUUCGAAAAUGUUUUCAAAUAUUCGUUCUACGACGUACGAUCGCGGUAACAACCGCAGGAGAAUAAAUCGCGAUACAAUUUCAUCAGCGAUCGUGUUUAAACGUUCGCGGAAGAUGGCGCGUUCGGUUUGACCUAGCACGAUACAUUUCUACUUUCCAUCGGCUCGUAUUGCGCGAUUGCGAAGGAAUGCAAUUAUCGAAAACAUUGCCGAGCAAUGUUGCAACCAAACAUUGCGUACACGUUGGAACAACAACGGUGUACGGGCUUGGCGUACCAAUCAAAAGUAAGUGCGCGCGUGUGGUUCGUGUGUGUAUACAUGUGCCAUCAUCCGCGUGAGCGAUAAGCGGGAGAGAAGAGGACUGGGGCCAACAGAAGCCGGAACCGAAAAAUGGAUGCGACGUCACUGCGACUCAUUUCCGGACUGCUUUUGUUCGCCUACACCGCGUCACACUUUAGUCAUGCAAACAACGGACCCAACUACUACGGCAAAUUAAUCGGCUCGUUGAAGAAUUACGCACAUGGAAUCAAAGGAGACGUGUACGCCGUGGACGACACGACGAUAUUCAUAAAAGGAUUCUGUUACGAUGGUACCGGACCGGACGCGUACUUCUGGGUGGGCAAUAGCUCCACGCCCACCCCACAGGGUUACAUCGUCCCGUAUCCGGAGAUAAAGGAGGGCAGUGACCCGGUGGUGCUCAAAUUGUACAACUAUACGGACAUCAUUCUGAAGCUGCCUAACGGGAAACGGAUACGGGACAUCAAAUGGCUGAGCGUUUGGUGUCGUCGAUUUACCGUGAACUUCGGAGACGUUUUCAUCCCGGCGAACCUGAAAGCGCCGAAGGCCAGAGUGCUGCCUGAAUUCUCGAGGUUGGCGCACGGCCUCCGCAGCGGCAACAUCACCAUCUUAGAUUGCAAAACUAUUUACAUCCCGAAUCUGCAUUACGACGGCGCCGGUCCUGACGCUUAUUUCUGGGUUGGAAACGGCUCGGAGCCCAACACGUUUGGCAUCAAAGUACCGAGCGAGAGACAAAGCUUGGCGCCAUUAAGCGGUUAUCAAGGAGCGGACAUAGAAAUCGUUCUGCCGGCUAACUUGACCGUGCACGACAUCGACUGGCUGUCGGUUUGGUGCGUUCAGUUUAAGCACAACUUUGGACACGUUAUGAUCCCGAAGGACCUCGACGUUCCACCGGCUCUUGGACAGACAAAGAUCGCGCCGCCUUGGUGGUACGAUCCUACAAGCAGCACGCCACCACCGCCGGACAAGGAAACGCCGCCUCUGUCGAAACUCGAGCUGACCAACUGCAAAGAGAUAAUGGAGGGCCGUGUGCAGGUCCAGUGGGAGAUGAUAGGAGACGAUAUCCAGAUCAGAGUGUCCGGCCGGAUCAACGAGGACCAGUACGUUGCGUUCGGUUUAUCCGGUCGCGAAGGAAAGCCCGAGAUGAUCGGUGGCGACGUGGUCGUGGUCGCUUACGACAACAGAACCGGUAAAUUCAUCGCGGUCGACUAUUAUUUGUCGGAUUACGCUCAAUGCGACGGCAAGAAGGGUGUGUGUCCCGAUGAAAGGGUCGGAGGGAAGAACGACGCCGUUCUUGUGCACGGAGAACGAAAGAACGGCGUGACGACAGUUACUUAUAUGAGACCUAUGAGUACAAACGAGCCGGUAAAGGACAGAAUGAUCCCGAACACGGAGACGAGCGUAAUCGCGGCGAUAGGACCUCUGAAUAUGAGAGGAGAAGCCAAUGCUCAUCACAGUUUCGACAGGACGAACGAGGACAUUCGUAUUGAUUUUACGUCGAGGAACGUGCACGAGUGUACAAAUUCCCUCUACAACCUCCCGGACAUGUCUGACAUCGAACCCUGGCCAGCAGCCGUAAUCACCAACGAAACUACCUUCAGCACGAGGAUCGGACCCGCUGGUGGCAAAAGAGGAUACACGAGGAUCACAGGACAACCUGCUUGGGGAAUCGCGUGGUACAUCAACGACUUGCUGAUCCCUGAAAUCACAGUGGAGAGAGGACAGACGUACACGUUCAUAGUCGAAGGUGGGAACGAUCCGGCUAAUCCAGCAAGGUACCAUCCAUUUUAUAUCACCGACAGUCCAGAGGGUGGAUUCGGUCAAAAGACCGAGACAGAGCAAAGGGCACAGAGAGUGUUUGCUGGAGUAAAAUACGACACGGACGGAUAUCCUUAUCCCACGGCGGCUGGUCGUUACUGCGAAUGGGUUCACAAGACGGUAGACAUGAGCGCGGAUAUGGAAACUUUUGAGAAUUUCUUUGAAACCCUUAGACUAGAGUGUGACAAGGGUGAGCCCGCUAAACUCGUUUGGACCGUGGCUGAAGAUACUCCGGAUUUGGUCUAUUAUCAGUGUUACACGCACAAUAACCUGGGCUGGAAGAUAAACGUUGUCAACGACGCACACGCGGCCGUGCCGUUACUGUCGAUGGUUACAACGACGUUCGUCGUCGGUAUGUUACAAUUCAUAAGAUGAAUUAACCCUUAAACAUUGCCUAAAACAAUACGCGAGGAGUUACGAGCGUACGUGCGAUCGCAAGGCUAGAUCUGAAACAAAACGAGACGAAGGGAAAGGUAAAUUCGGAUUCGAAGGAAACUCGCGUAGAUAACGACGGUGAUAAAACAAAAACAAAAAAAGGCGAUUGUUAAAAUCUGCUGAACACGAUACAAGGUUGUAAGAAAGUACUUAGCUCGUAAGGUUUAAUCGUACGUAACAGAUUAGCAGAAUAUUUUUAAGAUCUCUAUCAGAUUCAAUAUUUCAUAUUAUACUAUAUAUAUGUAUAUGUAUAUGUAUAUGUAUAUUUAUAUAUACACACAUAUAUAUAUAUAAUUAUAUAUAUUGUAUACAUACAUACAUACACGUAUUAACACGGCACUUGAGGAGAACGAGAUUCGAGGUGAUUUUUAACGUUUAAGAAUUUAAGAGACUACUUAGGAAAAGGAGAGCGAGAAUAAUUUCUGACAAUAAUAAUAAUUCGGGAGCGGGGUAUAAACGUGGAUAAUUUCUGACAAUAACGUGAAACUUGUAUUGUUCAUCGUGGGUACAGGGAGGGAUAUUAUAAUUUAUCGAGCAGAAUCGAUCGGUGUAGAUCGAUGCGUAUAUCGGUGAUAAACGAAAGAACGGGGAAAGUAUCCGUGGUACAUGUACAAUGUAAAUUUUGCACAAAGCUAUAGUCGAGUAUAAUGUAACAUUAAAGAUCGAGUAGUACUUAAGAUAUACAUUUAUAAAUGCUGUCGACUUGACAAUAAUACGUAGGGUAGUAAACGAUGAAGGAAUCGCUGAAGAAAAAAAAAACGGGGAAAUAUGUACAAGGUAACGUCAGACAUUAUGUAAUUUAAGGGUGAUACAGUUGCAAACUAUCCCCUAUACGUGUAACAAUGCUAUAAUAUGUACAUACUAUAGAGUGGACCUUCCUAAAACGGAAUGAAAGUAUAAAAUGUGCCUUGGGUACAGAUAAUGAACUUCUCUAAUUACACGAAUUAGGAACCACUCGGACAAGAGAUACCCUGUAGUACUUAGGAGCUGGUUUCUUGCGCGUUGAACGUAUCCGUACGUGGUCAAUUCAUAGAACCGAAUGUUAACGCUGAUGUUUCGUUUCGCAAGGAUGUAUCGAGUGAGACAGUUUAGUCUGUUUUAACUGGGGAAUGCAAUCGAAAUCGAUUCACGAAGACGUAACGACAAGCGAACAGGUAGCGCGAUACGUGCAAGGAAUGAGAUGUCGUGCAACCAAGAAAUCAGAAAAAUACAUAAUCACUCUAGAAACGUAGAGAUUAACGAGGUAGCAAAAAAAGAAAAGAAACGAUAUAUCUCUCCCUCUUUUUAAACGUGAAUAAUAAAAACUAUGCAGUGUCCAGAUUCUAAGUAACGGGGUGUCCUCAAAAUUGCCAGCAGUCAACAAAAUUCUUUGCAAUUCCGAUUGCUUAACGCACGAAGACCAGCCUGUAUUUAAUUACAUAUGCAUUCAUACCUAACAUAAACAUUAUAUAUAUAUAUACAUACACAAAAACACACACACGCACACACAGAUAUAUAUAUAUAUUAAACAUACAUACAUUAUGCGAGGUACUACAUGCAUAAAUAUGAAAGAAAAUUCGGAAAUUUACAUCGUUUAGCUGUCAACGUUGUCCAGUUUGUAUUCGUCCGCGCUUAUCAAUCGCGAUAACCAAAAUGACAAUGACGAUUGGACAAAUACCUAGCACAACGGUUUAUACCGUUCUGCUCUACCUUCGAUUUACGAUGGAUCAAAAGGAUCGGCUCCACUUCGAGCAACACGCGUAAACAAGCAACGAAUACGCACGUUGGACAUCGUUGCUCGAGCUUUUAAGCGAGAUGCGUCAAAGAAACAACAGUGUCAAGUAAGGAUACUACGUAUUACACGCGUUUGUAAAGUUAAUUAAGCGACCAUAAGGCGAAACCGAAGAUUCGUUUGAUCGCCGUGUCGAUUGAACGCGUCCGGAUUGCGAUAUUUCCGGCGAUGCUCGACGGCGAUCCUCCAGAGAAUACCACGCGAUUCCACAUGAUUUUCUUCGGGUCUGUACACCUUAGAAUAACGCAUCCUCGUCGCCAUUUUCGUUCUUCUUCCUCGUCUCACUGCUUUUCUUCGUCCCUUCUCCCUUAUCGUAUCUGUUAUUCUUCUUUCUAAGCGAGUCCUUCGAAAGAGCGAGGCGGAUCGUAGCAUGUAAGCGGAUAUAAAACUCCUACUUCUGUGAACGACAAUAAUAUAAUACCGACUUGCCGGAUCGGAAAUUCAGAGGGGCUGCUCCGAUGAAUCCAGCGAUUUACGCGCGAGCCGCGAGAGAAAGGAACGUUUCGAAAGACGCCGGACACGACGAAACUCGCUGUCCCCGCGUUUCCCGCUUUUACUCGAGACAAUAAACGAGCUGUUGAAACCGUAAGGAUCGAUCGUUCGUUCGCCAAUGUUACUCGGACAAUAACGCGAUUAAUCGCGACCAAAGAGUUCUAUAUUUUAUCGAGGGGAUGGUAAAACGUAUCCGAACGACGAUCGCGACGAUCGAAAGCAACGCUGGACGAUAUUCGUGGAUACGGUUUACUGUUCUAAAUUUUGAAAUUCCGACAAUAAUCACGCUCGAUCCUUUCAAGUACAAACGUCCGAUAAUGAUCGAUCGCGUUUGUCGGUUAUUAGAUCGGACAACGGAUACGGUGAUUCGUCGAAGGAAUGGCCGCGCGAAGAAAACGCUCGGUCGUAGGACAGCAGACGCCAUUCGUUAGAAGACAAAUAUGUAUCUGUACGGAUCAAUUAUUCGAGUUGUAAGUGUAGAAAAAGAGAAUUUAAACGGCGCACAAUUCCGCCGGCAUUAAGCUACUAGCUGUAAACGAGUGUACAGAACGAACGAAAGUUUUAGAUAGGAAUGUAAAGAUCUUCUCUUUUUAAUAAUCUCGUCUCUCCUCUCCUCUCCUCUCCUCUCUUUUUCUCUCUGUCCGUCUCUUUCGUGUAUAUGUGCACUUUCCACGCGACUAUUUCUCUCUCUUUGUCUCUCGUUUUCACUUUGUCCCGUAGAAUAUUCACGGAGCAGCCCGAGCGACGUCCCUCAAGUUGUUAGCAGUUAAGGAGAGAGAGAAUAAAAAAAAAAAAGAAAAAAACGAUAGUUUAGAAGUUAAGCGAAAACCUUCUUUUCUCGCCGUAUCGAAGUGUAAUUUAAAAACCACGUAAGAAGAAAAUAUGAGAAG